AUGACGGCCUCUUCCAGUCCCACACUCCCCAGCUUCCUAGGCAUCGGAUCGAUCCUGUCGCCGUCAACAAUCUCUCGCCGCCGGGGAAGCCUGAAUUUCCGCGGAAUCGGAAGAGCUUCAAGCAGUGUCUCCGGCGACUACUCUUGCUUCGAAGUUUCUAAUGUUAGGUAUAGACCUCCCGGAACGGAGCUCGACCUUCUGAACGAUGUCAGUUUUUCUCUCCCAGAAAAGAGCUUUGGCUUGAUUUUUGGGCAGAGCGGCAGCGGGAAAACUACUCUUCUGCAGCUUCUUGCCGGAUUGAACAAGCCUACUUCUGGUACCAUUGGCAUCCAAAGGUACAAGAGUGAUGGCAGCCGAAAUAGUGACUCUCCCAAGCCUCUUCCUCCAGAAAGAGUCGGUAUAGUCUUCCAGUUUCCUGAGAGGUAUUUCGUGGCUGAUACGAUCCUAGAGGAAGUUACUUUUGGAUGGCCGAGGCAAAAAAGCAGCCUUCAAGUGAGGGAGCAGCUUGUUUCACAACUUCAGACGGCUAUUAAUUGGGUUGGUCUGAAUGGAAUUUCUUUAGAUAAAGAUCCUCAUUCGCUGAGUGGUGGAUACAAGCGCAGGCUUGCCCUAGCUAUUCAAUUAGUGCAAGUACCAGAUCUAUUGAUACUGGAUGAGCCUCUUGCUGGUCUUGAUUGGAAGGCACGGGCAGAUGUUGUAAAGCUGUUGAAACAUCUGAAGAAAGAGUUAACUGUAUUGGUGGUCAGUCAUGACCUCAAAGAGUUCACCUCGCUUGUUGAUCAUUCUUGGAGGAUGCAGAUGGGAGGGUUUCUCCAAAAGGAGCUUCUUCCAGUAUAA